GGAGGACUGGAGUUGAAUGACUUGCAAGAGGAGCCCUUGGCACUACAGAGGGAUCUGAGAGAGGUGGGUGCCUGCCACACACAGCAGCCCAGCAAUGAGUGAGAACCCACCUGCCAACCUCAACGCUGGAGAUGCUCCAACUGGUCCUACUACACCACGCAAGGGGCCUCCCAAGUUCAAGCAGAGACAGACAAGGCAGUUCAAAAGCAAGCCCCCUAAAAAAGGAGUAAAAGGGUUUGGAGAUGACAUUCCAGGCAUGGAGGGGCUGGGCACAGAUAUCACAGUGAUUUGCCCAUGGGAAGCUUUCAGCCAUCUGGAACUGCACGAGCUGGCCCAGUUUGGGAUCAUCUAAGACACCAGCAUCUCUACUGGUGUCACCUAGUGACUCCACAGAUCCCAGCAUGCUCUUCAUCACCUUUGACACUUAUUUUCGGUCCUUACAUCCAUCUGCUCAUGGGAAGGGUGGUUUUUGUAAAAGCUGGUUGUGAGAAAGCCUUUUGCAGAUUAAUCUG